AUGGCCAAUCGUGCACUGCAUGUCCUUGGGAGCGGUAGUCACAGCGCAGCACCCUACUAUCAAAAUGGCAACGAGCAGCACAAUGGACAUACGUGGCACUCCGAGGGGCCCGUCCAGUCACAUCCACCCGCAAACGGUGUCAGGCACAGUACUUCGGAGGCGCAGAUGGCGGAAGUGUUGCAACGGGAAUCAAGCGCGUCCGAAGCACCGUCUCGGUCGUGGGAGUCUCAGCCCACAACAAACGGACAGACAGCAAAUGACCAAUAUGGUCAGGAAGCCGUCACGCCCCCAACAACGGUCGCCCUGAAACGGAAACGGAACUUCAGCAACAGGACGAAGACGGGUUGUCUGACCUGUCGAACGCGGAAGAAGAAAUGUGAUGAAGCCCGUCCACGCUGCGAUAACUGUCUGCGGGGUGGCUUUGAAUGUAAGGGCUAUCUUUCCGCUAAGGGGGUCGAUCCGACCCAGGCCACUGGGGUCAGAACCCCUGUGCCGCUACAGUCCAAGGAUGAUCAAGGUGACGUGUCCGAGUCCUCGCCUUACACUGCGCCGCACAUGGACGCCCUCCACGCCGGGCGCCCACCAGUUCAUCCUGAUGGCGGCCAGGCCAGACCGGCACCCAUGAACGACAAUGAUGGACCGCGUCCAGCAUCCUACGGGUCAAGCCCACCACGAAACGGGCCUCCAAACCGACUGCAAUACCCUGGCCAACCACAACGGCCGCAACAACACACCCCAAGUUCUUAUACCUCUGACCAUCUUCCCGCUUUGUCUGAUGCCAAUAGAUCAGAGCAACCUCUGAGUGCACGACCUCACGCUAUGCCUCGGCCGCCACCUCAAGGUACACCUUACCCUCAGCAUCCCCCGCCCUCCCAUCAGGGCCAGACUUCUAUGCCAAUGCAGUAUCCUCCUCAGCAUGCAGCACCACCGGCCCCAGCUCCUACUCAUCCUCCACCAGCUCCUCCACCAUUACAGCAACCAAGCCAGUGGAAUCAGCGGGCGUAUACGCCUACACAUCCUCCAUCCUCAGGUCCCUCGACGACACCAAUUCAUACGCGGAUGUCGUCUUCUGGCUUCGACCAUCCGAGGUCCAGCUUCAAAGUCUCUAGUCAAGAGGACGUUGAAAAAUCUAAGAUGUUGAGGUCGGUCCAUUAUAACUACUUCGAUGCGACAUUGCUGUACGAGCGUCAACGGUGCGACCGAGCUGUCGAACGGUACAAUGCCGCUUGUAAGCUGGACAGUGGACUUGGCGAGCAAGAAGUGCGCAAUCUCUUUCUCAAGGUCAUCGAUCCAAGUCAAGACACCACCCAUAGACUCCCGUCUCACAACCACAGCAAGGGCCAUAUUGGUCCCAACGUCAAGAUCGAGGCGCCGUUCACAUGCACGUACGGGUACAACCUCAAAGUUCAAGAGGACGUGUAUAUCGGCAAGGGUUGUUAUUUCGACGAUUCUGGCACAAUUGAAAUCGGGCCUCGAACUAUCAUCGCUCCCUUCGUCACCAUCUUGACGACAGACUACGGGAAGGAUCUGGUGCACCGGAAAGGCACCCGCGGUCCCCACUGGAGCGCUGGCGACGUCUUUAUAGCUGCUAAUGUGAUCAUCGGUGCCCGAGCUGUCAUCUAUCCAGGUGUGAGGAUCGAAGAAGGUGCCACAGUUGAACCGGGCGCCGUCGUUUGCGAAUCGCUCACGACGAACCAGAUUCAGCGAGCUAGCCGGGCCCGAAUCGACGAUGCGAUUCCUCUCUAG